CGCUGAAAUCAAAAUGGCGGAUGAGGCAAUGGAUUUGAAUAUUCCACGAUUUUCAUCGGAGUUGAGGUCUCUGCGAUGUGAACAGAGCCUCUUGAACAAAACAGAUGGAUCAGCAAGCUUUUUUCAAGGGAAUACCCACGUGAUGGCGGCAGCUUAUGGUCCGGCAGAAGUCAGAUCAAGUAAAGAACUCAUUGACAAGGCUACUCUAGAAGUUGUUUUCAGACCCAAAGUUGGCUUACCAGGCUGUGCUGAAAAACUUUUAGAGAGAGUUAUCCGCAACAGUUGUGAGCCAGUUGUGCUUACCUCCAGACAUCCCCGGUCAUCCCUCACAAUUGUUGUUCAGCUUGUUCAGGAUAGUGGAUCAUUACUGGCAUGUGCAAUCAAUGCUGCUUGCAUGGCAAUGAUUGAUGCUGGUUUUCCAAUGAAAUGUUUAGUUUGUGCUGUAUCAUGUGCAUUAAAUGAGUCUGGUGACAUUCAGCUGGAUCCUUCCCUGGAGAAAGAAAAGUCAGCUGGUGCAGUGAUGACAUUUGCAUUUGAUAGUGCCAACAAAAAUGUGAUGACCUCAUCAACAACAGGGAGUUUUACAGUACAGGAGUACGACAGGUGUCUGGAAGCAUGUCGCUCUGCUGCUACUAAGCUAUUUGACUUCUUCAGACUAUCUGUGGAAAGGAAGCUUUCCAAGGAUGCUAAGUUUAUGGACAUAAACAUUGCAUAGUUAUAUCUGUGAUAUUUAACUCACACAGUCUGCAGUGCAAAAACUGCACAGGAGUGUGAUUCAGUGUUUAACUGGGUCACAUAUGAAGAGUAGUCCAGGUUGACUGUUUGUUAAUCAUCAAUGGUCUUUGGUUGAAGAAUCAAAUAGAGAAGCAAUCUUAUGGCAAGUCUUAUGGAUCAAAUGAACUACAGUCUUGACCAGUUGGAUCACUUAAUCAGCUCACGAAGUUCCGCAGGAUAUUCCUGAGGGUACUUCAUUAAAUGAUCCAUGUACAAAAUAGAUUUGAAUGUCUGUGCAUCUGUUCAGUAACAGAUCACAGAUUAAUAUUGGCACACAAGGUGUAACAUUUUGAUGUCCCCUGUGCUCUAGAACUCAACAGACCCAUGGCAACAUGGAAUGUACUUGUUUCACAUAAUAAGAAAUAAAAAAAAUUGUUUAUGGUGACUUUA